AUGCAUCCACAAACCUUCGAUCUUCUCCGAAUGGAGACUAGUCUCCGCCAAUUGCAGCUAUUCGAAACUCCCAAUCCUCUCAUCAUCGGCGUCGACCACAACUUGGAUCCUUAUUUCAAAGCUCGGCGUUCAUUUUGUCUCUUUCCCAGGUUACCGACGGAACUUCAGCUUAUGAUCUGGGCUGCGGCUGCGGAUGAUCGACAGAUUGUGCGUAUUAAACCUUGCGACGAAGAUGGAUCAGAAGAUGAAGGGUUUCGGGGUCAUUAUAUCAUGCCGGUGGUUCUGCACGUUUGUCGCGACUCUAGAAAAGAAGCACUCAAAAUAUACACGGUUAUAUUCAGAGGUAUUCUUCGCAAUCCUAUCUACUUCAAUUAUCAGCAAGACUAUAUAAGUCUUGUUGGCAGUAGCACAUGUGAGCUUUUCGAAACUCUUGCGGAAGAAGACUAUGUCAUCUCUGAAGAGAUCAAAAAGGUCGAAAACGUGUUUUCGAUGAGUGCCGGUUGUGGUAGUGGCGAGAGCGAAGAAGAUGUUUUGACGGAGAUACUGGCCAUUUGGGAUGGGGUCAAGCGUGUAGUCAUUGCAGAAAGAUCGCCAACUUGGUGGGGCACAUUCAAGGAGAUCUGGUCUGACAGGGAGGUGAAGAGGCUCUCUUACAACGCCAAAGCUGACCGUAUCAGAGAAGGGACUGCCACUCCAGGAUCCCCCGAAGUUCGUAUUGUCAAGUUUGAUGAUAUUCUAGAUGCCGUGCAACGAGGUGAGCAGCGAUCAAUGAGUAGUGCAAACGCAACACUUUCUUUUUUUGACACGUUAUUUGACGUCAGCUCUACAUAUAACACCAAGAAACUGUCCAAGAAAGCUUUGGAAUCAGUUUAG